GUUUUUUUAAGGUUUUUUUUUUUUUUUUUUUAGCACCAGACUGUAGCAGCUAGCAUGCUAGCUCGCAGAUAUGGACGCUGUUCGGUGGAGAUUUGCAGAUGGCACAUCGGCCAAACAAGUUAGCUGCUCGGCUCAUCUGUUCGCGCCCUCCCCGAGACAAAAACAGGAACAAUUUUAAAUUUUAGUUUCUGGUUUAUUAGUCAUCAAACUUCGUGUGCUCGCUCUCCCAUCACAACAACAACAACGUCUAUCUCUUUUUUUUUAAUGCAUCGUUUCUCAAUGUGUCAUUCCAUGCCUGCUGGAGCAGUUCAAGCUGAAAAGGGAAAAGGGGAAAGAAAUCUAGUAACUACAUAAAGAAGAGGACCAAAAUAUAUAUAUUUAAAUCUAAAGAAGCAGGGCUCGGAGGAAAGCCGAGCACCAGACCAAAGCUGCUGUCAUGGCUGGGAGUCGAACCGCCACGAAAUCUCUCGUAACAUGCGUCUUCUGCCUGACGAUUCUCCUGACUUCAGUGGCUGCGGCACAAGGUGAAGAAAGGGAAUGUGCCUUCUCAGACCAGCAGCACCGGGAGGUGGAGCGAGUAGCUGGGGGCGAGGGCCGGGUCUCCCCAGAGAACACCACCAUCCGAUGUGCCAAGGGCAACCAUUGUUUCGGCCUGUGGGAGAAAAGUCCUCCGAGCGAAGUGCGGCUCGUCAAACAAGGUUGCUGGAGUCACCUGGGCGAUAAUCAGGCCUGCCGAGAUGACCGCUGCGUGGUGACCAACCUGCCCCCGCAGGUCCAGAAUGGAACGUUCCACUUCUGCUGCUGUGGCAGCGACAUGUGCAAUGUCAACUUCACCGACGACUUCCUGUCGCCAAGCCCCACCACUGCACAGCCUAUAAAUACCAGAGUGAACGGCAUGGAUCGUUUAUUUAAAAUAAUCAAGCGCUUCCUGAGCCGAGCCAUGAGCCGACCCGAAUCGAGCCGGGACAUUUCACUGGUGCUCCCGAUGCCGUCCUCGCCUCUCUGCCUGGCUCCUCCUCCGACGUUGGCCUCCUCGCCCUCUGAGCUCGCGGCUCCCAGUUCUCCUCGCCGGGUCCCCGCCAUCGUAUCCAGCUGUGGCCCUCAAAGGGCGCGCUCGCUGGCGCUCACCUGA